AUGGCAGAACAACUGUUCCAAGUUAUCAAAGAAAGAAUGACAUCGCUGGUGAUUGGGAAGAUAAAGACGUUCGUCGUUUUCCCAGUCAGAGACAACCUUCUCUCCUGGCUACUCGAUGGAUUUCUUGGCCUGGCUCCAGACAAGUACGAGCAGCUAUUUAACUUCAGUGAAGAGGCGCUCAGAAAGCAGGUUGCUGAAUUGCAUCAACAACACACUGUCUGCGAGCAGAACUACAUGAAGUUUACUGGAAUGAUAAAGGAAUUUGACAACUCUCAACCCGAAACACAAACCAAAGAGCGAGAAAUGUAA